AUGCUGCUGUUCUGCCCGGCCUGCGGGAACGUGCUGGUGGCCGAGGAGGGGCCGCGCUGCCACCGCUUCGCCUGCACCACCUGCCCCUAUGUGCGCAACGUCACGCGCAAGGUGACCAGCAGGAAGUACCCGCGGCUGAAGGAGGUGGACGACGUGCUGGGAGGCGCGGCGGCCUGGGAGAACGUGGACUCGACCGCAGAGCCGUGUCCCAAGUGCGAGCACCCCCGCGCCUACUUCAUGCAGAUCCAGACGCGUUCGGCCGACGAGCCCAUGACCACCUUCUACAAGUGCUGCAACGCGCAGUGCGGGCACCGGUGGCGGGACUGAGGGGCCCGGGAGGCCUGAGGGGGCCCCGGAGGCCUGAGGGGGCCCCGGAGGCCUGAGGGGGCCCGGCCCAGGCGGCUCCUGAGGAGAGGAGCUCGGCCUGGGAGCACAAGGCCCGUGGGGAGGGGAUGGGGGUGUCUUCUGCAAUAAAAGACCUCGCUGGGUGGA